AUGAGUGAGAAGGCUAGGAGGGUUGUCCCUGGUACGCAGCUGUGCUACCGUGCGCUGUACGCAACCAUUGUGGGGGACCAGCCGCAGGACUGCCUUCCAGGCACGUCCGUCAAGAUGAGCAGUGAGGGGCCGAUUCUCGUUGACCACGUUAUGCGUGCUGCACGGCGGUACGCUUCUGGCAACGCACCCCCCACUGCACCCGCGGAGGUGACUUCCGUGCCUGAGGAUGGCCCCUCCAAGGCCAUGCAUGAGGAGCUACUGCGUGCUGUGGAGGAGCUGCGCCAUCAGAACCAACAGUAUCAUCGGGACUUGGAGGCACGCACACAGCAGCUAGAGAUGCGGAAGCAGGAGGUACAGGCGCUUCAGAACAAAUUGCGUGUGGUGCACAUGGAGGCUAAAAGGCGCGGCUACAAUUUUCACGACAUAGCUGACCGCGGACCAUCCCGAAGCACAGAUCAUAAAAAGACGCAUGAGGCGGAACGACUUCACAGUAGGCGUGAUUCCACCCCACCGCGUGGGAUGCGAGGUGGUGGCGGUGCGGGAGGGAGUGGUGAGUACUUGCGUCCGCCGCUUCCACCGUUGCGUGUGGAUGGCACACUAGUCUCAACGCUCGCUUCGCCAUCCUCACUACCGCCCCCGCCGUACCAGCUUCAGCCUCCGUGCCCUCCCCCACCACCGUACGGUCAGGAACCACAGCUGGUGGCCAACAAUGACGUGGCAGCUGCUGCUCUCGCCUUGUUGUCGCCUGCAUCUCAGAGCGGAAACGUGGCUGGAGAUGUCGUCGGUGGCGGCAAUGACUUGGAUGUCGUCGCUAAACCCUUUCUCCCGCAGUUGCUGCUGGAGGAAGAUGUUCGGGGAAAUUGUGGGGAGGCCGAGGCGAAGUGUGAGGAUGUGACAAGUGUGUCAUUUCGUCCUCCGCCGAGUCGCAAAAACGGUUCGGCACCUCCUAUGCUGCCGCAGCACCUCGUCAGUCAAAACCCUGGCGCGAUGCUCUUCUGCUGCCGCUGCCGCCUCUUUCUCCCCUCCCAUCCUGUUAGCGUGACGAAUCACUUGCAUAGUGAGGGCCACCAGAACAGCGCGGACGCUUCCCCCCCACCGGGGACAACCUACACGCAGUUUGGCAAGCUGGUGCAGCGCAUGCCCUCCUUCAUUGAGCCCGCCACAGUGGUGUCAGCAGAGCAGCGGCAAAAAGAAACAGCAGCGGGGAAUACGUUUUUCGAGAGUGGGUUUGACAUUGUAAAUUCUAUUUGCGGUAUUUGUCAGGAAAUCGUCACUACGCAAAGCUACAAGGUUCACGAGUCGCUUCCGACACAUCGUCGACGGCUGGCCGAGACCAACGCGGACGCCGUACUGUAG